AUGGAUACACUGAGAGGUAAAGGUAAAAGAAGAGUUAGGGAAACCUAUGAGAAAGUAGUUGAUGAAACACCAGUGGUUGAACUUGAGGAUAAAGUUGAUGAAGUUGUUGGAGUUGAAAAGUCAUCUGUUGAAAAACCAUCUGUUGAAGGAGACGCUAAGAGUGGGAUAGAGGAAGACUUAAAUGAUAUUAGGUUAUUGGCAAGACAACGGUAUUUAAAUGCCAGAGAGGAACAAAAAUAUGAAAGUUUGAAAAGAGAAUUGGUAUUGUUGGAAGAAGACGUUGAGAAAUAUGGAUGGGAGAAUUUAUCCAAAAGAGAGCAAGAUGAGAUUAAUUUGAAAAAAUCAAUCAUAAGUAUUAUAGAGGAGAAAAAAAAUAUAAAUAAUAAUAAAUCAUUUACUAUACUAGAUAAUCUCCAAUCCAAUGAUGAAGGUGGAUCUUCAAGUUUAGAAUAUAAGAAAAGGUUGCUAAAUAAUAGACAGGGAGUAUAUGCUAAUGCCAAACUAAAGAAAAAUUUGGAAUGGGAAGAACAACAAUUACAAAUAGCAUUAAAGAAAAAUGAUAUUGAUGAAAUUCAUGUUGAAAAUUCUAAAGAUUAUGAAUUUGUAUUUGAUACAGAGGCUAUGAUUGACUUUACUAAUGACGGAGAUGACCUUUUAAAAGAUGAGGAAUCGGAAUAUGAAAAUGAACUUCUUGAAAAUAUAAAUAAAGAACAAGAAAGGUUGUUAGAUAUUCAACAAGGUAGAAAAUCACUACCUGUAUAUCAGUACAGAUCCCAAUUAUUGCAGGCAAUAAAGGAUCAUCAAGUGUUGAUUGUCGUGGGUGAAACAGGUUCUGGUAAAACUACUCAGUUACCACAAUAUUUGGUAGAAGAUGGCUAUACCAAAAAUGGUACUUUACAAAUUGCUGUCACCCAACCAAGAAGAGUUGCUGCUACAUCAGUAGCAGCAAGAGUCGCAGAUGAAAUGGGAGUAGUUUUGGGAAAGGAAGUUGGUUAUUCCAUUCGUUUUGAAGACAAAACAACCCCAAAUACAACAAUCUUGAAAUAUAUGACAGAUGGUAUGCUUCUGAGAGAAUUUUUGUCAGAUCCAGAACUGAAAAAUUAUUCCUGUAUUAUGAUUGACGAAGCUCAUGAACGUACUUUGGCAACUGAUAUAUUAUUAGGGUUAUUAAAGGAUAUUUUAUUACAUAGAAAGGAUCUAAAAUUAAUUAUUUCAUCUGCUACAAUGAAUGCUUCAAAGUUUUCUAAAUUUUUUUAUGAUUGUCCCAUCUUCAAUGUUCCAGGUAGAAGAUUCCCAGUAGAUAUUCAUUAUACAGUACAGCCAGAGGCAAACUACCUCCAUGCAGCGAUUACAACUAUAUUUCAAAUACAUACCACUCAACCACUGCCUGGUGAUAUAUUGGUAUUCCUAACUGGUCAAGAGGAAAUCGAAUCUACAAAGGAAAGAAUAGAGGAAAUAGCACAUAAAUUAGGUUCAAGAGUUCCAGAAAUGCUAGUUACUCCUAUUUACGCUAAUUUACCACAAGAGCAACAACAAAAGAUAUUUGAAAAGACACCAGAAGGUUGUCGUAAAAUUGUACUUGCGACAAAUAUUGCAGAAACUUCUCUUACUAUUAAUGGUAUCAAAUAUGUAGUUGACCCAGGUUUUGUUAAAGAGAAUUCAUAUGUUCCAACAACGGGGAUGACACAGCUAUUGACAGUCGCUUGUUCAAAGGCAUCUGUUGAUCAGAGGGCAGGUAGAGCAGGACGUGUUGGCCCUGGUAAAUGUUUUAGAUUAUUUACUAAAUGGUCAUAUUAUCAUGAAUUGGAAGCAACACCAAAGCCUGAAAUUAUUAGAACCAAUAUUUCUAGUAUUGUAUUACUAUUGCUAUCAUUAGGAAUCACUGAUUUAAUUAACUUCCCAUUAUUAGAUAAACCAAGUAUCCCAUCACUUUCAAAAUCAUUGGAAAUUCUAUAUGUUUUGGGAGCCUUGAAUAGUAAAGGCUCGAUAACUAGGUUAGGUAGACUAAUGUGUCAAUUUCCUUGUGAACCAGAAUUUGCCAAAGUAAUAUAUACUGCUGCAUACAAUGAGACAGCAAAUGGUGUUUUGGAACAAUGCAUUACAAUUGUAUCAAUGUUACAUGAAACGACGUCCUUGUUUGUGGGGAACUCUAGGGAUUCUUUGAAGAGUAUUGUAGGUGAGACGACUAGUGAUCAUUUACUAUAUCUGAAAAUAUAUGAUGAAUGGAAAAAUUCAAACUAUUCAAAAAUGUGGUGCAAAGAUCAUAAAGUCCAAUUUAAAACUCUAUCGAGAGUUAGAGAUAUCAGGAAUCAAUUAUGGAAGUUCUGUGAUAAAAUGGGUCUAGUUUCCAUGAAUGAAAAGGCACUAAAAGAAUUAGUGGAUCCUACCCAGAGUAUGGAAAUAAAAAUAAUCAAAUGUUUUAUCAGUGGGUUCCCUAUGAACAUUGCAAAGUUAGGUACAUCUGGGUAUAAGACAGUCUCAACAAAGAAUAGCAGUGGGUUAGAGGUCACAAUUCAUCCUUCAAGUGUCGUGUUUCAACAGCAAAAGGAAAAUGCAAAGAAGCCAUCCAAAUAUAUUUUGUACCAGCAGUUGAUGUUAACCACUAAGGAAUUUGCAAGAGUUUGUAUGCCUAUAAUCAAAGAAUCAUGGCUAUCAGAAAUGGUGCCGCAAAUAUUCAAACCAAAUAAUGAAUUUAAUUAA